AGGCUGAGCCGCGGCGGGGCCGGUGCCGCAGCCAUGGCGCUGGUCACCCUGCAGCGCUCGCCGACCCCCAGCGCUGCCUCCUCCGCCAGCACCAGCGAGCUGGAGGUUGGCAGCGAUGAAGAGCGUAAAUUAAACGUGAGCCUCAGCGAGAGCUUUUUCAUGGUGAAAGGAGCAGCCCUUUUCCUACAGCAAGGAAACAGCUCCCAGGGCCAGCGAAGCCUCCAGCACCCUCACAAACAUGCAGGUGAUUUACCCCAGCACCUCCAGGUGAUGAUCAACCUCCUUCGCUGUGAGGACAGGAUCAAACUGGCUGUGCGUCUGGAGAGCGUGUGGACGGACCGGGUGCGGUACAUGGUGGUCGUGUACAGCAGCGGGCGCCAGGACACCGAGGAGAACAUCCUGCUGGGGGUGGAUUUCUCCAGCAAGGAGAGUAAAAGCUGCACUAUAGGAAUGGUUCUUCGCCUGUGGAGUGACACCAAAAUCCAUCUUGAUGGGGAUGGUGGCUUCAGUGUGAGCACAGCGGGGAGGAUGCACAUCUUCAAGCCCGUGUCAGUGCAGGCCAUGUGGUCUGCUUUACAGAUCCUCCACAAAGCCUGUGAGGUUGCCAGGAGGUACAACUACUUCCCAGGAGGGGUGGCCUUGGUCUGGGCCACCUACUACGAGAGCUGCAUCAGCUCUGACCAGAGCUGCAUCAACGAGUGGAAUGCCAUGCAGGACCUGGAGUCCACCCGCCCCGACUCUCCCGCCCUCUUUGUUGACAAGCCCACGGAAAGGGAACGGACAGAACGGCUCAUUAAAGCCAAACUCCGGAGCAUCAUGACGAGCAAAGACCUGGAAAAUGUGACUUCUAAGGAGAUACGAAACGAGCUGGAGAAACACAUGAACUGCAACUUGAAGGAAUUCAAGGAAUUUAUAGACAAUGAAAUGCUGCUAAUCCUGGGGCAGAUGGACAAACCAUCUCUGAUUUUUGAUCAUUUAUACCUGGGCUCCGAGUGGAACGCCUCCAACCUCGAGGAGCUGCAGGGCUCGGGCAUUGACUACAUCCUGAACGUCACCCGGGAGAUCGACAACUUCUUCCCCGGGUUGUUCGCGUACCACAACAUCCGCGUGUACGACGAGGAGACCACGGACCUGCUGGCACACUGGAACGAGGCCUAUCACUUCAUCAACAAGGCCAAGAAGAACCACUCCAAGUGCCUGGUGCACUGCAAGAUGGGGGUGAGCCGCUCGGCGUCCACAGUCAUUGCCUACGCCAUGAAGGAGUUCGGCUGGUCCCUGGAGAAGGCCUACAACUACGUGAAGCAGAAGCGCAGCAUCGCACGGCCCAACGCCGGCUUCAUGCGGCAACUGCUGGAGUACGAGGGAAUUCUGGAUGCCAGCAAGCAGCGCCACAACAAGCUGUGGAAGCAGCAGGCGGAGAGCAACCUGCCGCAGCACACCGACGGCACCACGGGCUCGGGAGGCUUCCUGCUGGAGAGCUUGGACAUCGACCUGGAAAACCGCCUGGCUGACCUGGACAUGCCUUCCCAAUCGGGAUACCUGGACAACCGCGCCAGCACCGACGGGCCCGGGGGCUUCGACUACUGCUUCCGGCGCCUCUCAGACACGCUGCUGGAGAACAAGGUUCCCGGGGACAGGGAGGGCUUUUUCCACAUGGAGCAGCUGGAGCGGGAUGCGUUGGUGGGACAGCCCCCAUCUGCACUGCCACAGGGGAGGCUGCUGGAGAUGGGAAAGGCCCCGGAGAGAGCGGAGCCGCCGGCAGAGCUGGGCAGCUGCUGCGAGAGGGAGGCGAAGAGGAAAAUGGACUUCAGCCCCAGGAAGGGAAGGAUGGGCCUCGGGGAGCCAGGGGAGGAUGGUAUCAGGGAGGAGAAUCCCAUGGAGAAGUGGAAGAGGCGUUUGUCCAUGCACAAGGAGGAGAGCAGGCUCAAUAGGGAGAACCUGAAUAACAACAACAGCAAAAGGAGUUGCCCAGAGGAUUUUGAGCACGACGCCGUGUUUGGGAUCCUCAGCAAGGUGAAGCCUCCCUACCAGUCCUGCACUGACUGCAUGUACUCCUCAGCUGGGCUGUCCCCCGACCCCUUUGGGGAGCAGUGUGAGAAGCUGAACCCUGCGCGGCGCAGCACCACCAUCUGCACACAGCCAGCCCUCCUGUCCCACCUCCACUCCAACCUGCUGGACCACCUGCCCGCCAGGGCACAUCCAGAGGAGGCAAUCAGAACUAAACAUAACGAGGCUCCGCUUCCCAUGGUGCCGGGAGCCAGGACUUUGGAGGCUGGCACGUGCAGGUCACUGGAUCAGCACUGCGGUGUUCUGGAGAGAGGAAAAGUUGCGCCAAAAACCCCAGAAAAAACUCUGCUGCCCCGGAGAAACUCCCACUGUGACAGGAGCCUCCUUCAAGCCGAAGUGGUGAGAGAGGAGUCUCUGGCCAAGAAGGACACCAGACCUACCAAGGACCUGAAGUACCUGUUGUUCAGCAAAGACUUGGAAAAGCCAAGCACCAACAGCUACUUGAUGCAGCACCAGGAGUCGCUGAUCCAGCUGCAGAAGGCAGGGUUGGUCAGGAAGCACACCAAGGAGCUGGAGCGGCUCAAGAGCCUGCCCUCGGACGCCUCGGCACUGCUCCGGGACAGGGUGGACUCCAGCAUCGUGGAGGAAAGCGAGGACAUGAUGUCCCACCCCGGCCUCGUGCCCCUCCUGGCACCGGCCCCGAUGGUCCUCGGAGAUGCGGAGAACAACAUGGAGAGGCUGGAGGUGAAACGCGUCCUGGAGAGGGUCUCCCAGAGAACCUCCACACCGGCCGUGUGCCGCCUGGAGCACACGAGCAGCUUCACCAAGGACUUCCUGAAGACCAUCUGCUACACCCCCUCCUCGUCCCGCAGCUCCAACCUGACGCGCAGCUCCAGCAGCGACAGCAUCCACAGCGUGCGGGGCAAGCCCGGACUGGUGAAGCAGCGCACGCAGGAGAUCGAGACGCGGCUGCGCCUGGCCGGCCUCACCGUGUCCUCUCCCCUCAAAAGGUCCAACUCCCUCGCCAAACUGGGCUGUCUUAACCUGUCCUCCGACGACUUGUCGAGUGAGGUGGACGUGUCCACUGUAACGGACUCCAAAGAGGCCGUUUCCAGCGAGUGCUCCGUGUUCUGUGAGCCACAGCCCUCCCUGAGCAGCGCGGACGGCCCCUCCAAACCGGGGCUGAAGGCGGCGGGAGGGAACUUGAAGAGCGUGCUUUGGAUGGGCAAAAGUUGAUGCUUCCUGUGGAGGGGAGGAGGGGGCUGGAUUUUGGGGGGGGUUACAGCAUUUAUUCAUUGCACCGAUGCAGUUUUAUCAUCUGACUUGCGGCAGUUCAUCCAAUGCCACCUCUUCGUCCCCUCCCUGUGCUCCGAGAGGGGGCAGAAAGAACCGCGAUGGGUCACGUGAAGGGCACAAGGGAAAUCAAAUGUGUUGCAUGGCUUAGAGGAGGCCUUGGUGUGUGACUUGCCUGUUGUCCUGCAGGAUGCUCUUCCUAGUACUGUUUGCCAAGUGUAAUAACGUGGAUUUGUGUGUGGUUAUGGAUAGACAUUCGUAUCUCUAUCUAUAUCUAAAAUGCUGAAAUGUUCUGUUUCAAAGACU